CGGCGGUGGGCGGGGCUUACGUGAGGGGGUGGAAGUGUCCCGGUGCUUCUCGCUUUGCUGCUUUAGCUCCGGAGUGUUUGGCGAUGGGGCAGCUGGAGUUGUGGAGGUUCAUGUCAAGCUGCUGUUCUUCAUCGCUGCACGCCUAAAUUAUUGGCCUCCUGGACUUGAUUUUCUGCUCUAUUCACACCUUGCCUACUUCUGGGAUAAUUUCACUAAGCACUACUUUCAUGAUGCCUUCCUACUUCAACAGUUUUAUGUAGUUCGUUUAAUUUCGUGAGGUCAUGUUUGUUUUAUUGGACAAUUGCAAGAAGCCCCUGAGUCAUAAAAUUCUCAUCUAAGACGGUUGUUUAUUUAAACUUCAUACAUCAUAACCACCUGGAGAAUUUGUUAAACACAGAUUUCUGGGCUCCACCAUUUCUUGUUUAGUAGAUGUGGGGUGGAGCAGAGUUUCUAACGAGUUUUCAGGGGAUGUUGAUGGUCCUUGUCCAAGAACCAUACUAUGAGAAUGACUUCUAGAAAGCCAAGUUGACAUCAGCUGAAGGAAAUAAGCCUGGUAAACCAAAGUUAAUUAAGAAAUUAGAAGUAGCGGAGAUGUGCAUGCCCUCUUCUUCUCCACCAGAUGGCAGUUUUGGAACCAGUAGAAAGGAAAGAUCAUAAAUUCAGAGGUUUAAUGCAUUCAAAAGGACUAAUAUCAUACUGCACCAUUUGAGAAUGUCCAAGCACACAGAUGCCACAGAAGUACUAUUGGAAAAAAAAGGCUGUGCAGGAGUCAUAACACUAAACAGACCAAAAGUGCUAAAUACAUUGACUCUUAAUAUGAUUCGGCAGAUUUAUCCACAGCUAAAGAAGUGGGAACAAGAUCCUGAAACUUUCCUGAUUAUUAUAAAGGGAGCUGGAGGAAAGGCUUUCUGUGCUGGGGGUGAUAUCAGAGUGGUCUCAGAAGCUGAAAAGGCAAACCAGAAGAUAGCUCCACUUUUCUUCAGAGAAGAGUAUAUGCUGAACAAUGCUAUUGGUUCUUGCCAGAAACCUUAUGUUGCACUUCUUCAUGGAAUUACAAUGGGUGGGGGAGUUGGUAUUUCAGUCCAUGGGCAAUUUCGAGUGGCUACAGAAAAGUGUCUUUUUGCCAUGCCAGAAACAGCAAUAGAACUUCCAAUACAAUGUUGGAUAGAAGUGGUGAGAGUGAACACUGGAAUUCCUAAAGAGACAAUUAUGUCAUUUACAAGACUGUUCCCUGAUGUGGGUGGAGGUUAUUUCUUGCCACGACUUCAAGGAAAACUUGGUUACUUCCUGGCAUUAACAGGAUUCAGACUAAAAGGAAGAGAUGUGUACAGAGCAGGAAUUGCUACACACUUUGUAGACUCUGAAAAGUUGGGCGUGUUAGAGGAAGAUUUGUUAGCCUUGAAAUCUCCUUCAAAAGAAGAUGUUGCAGCUGUCUUAGAAAAUUACCAUACAGAGUGUAAGAUUGAUCGAGACAAGUCUUUUAUACUUGAGGAACACUUGGACAAAAUUAACAGUUGUUUUUCAGCCAAUACUAUGGAACAGAUUAUUGAAAACUUACAACAAGAUGGUUCAUCUUUUGCCCUAGAGCAGUUGAAGGUAAUUAAUAAAAUGUCUCCAACAUCUCUAAAAAUCACACUAAGGCAACUCAUGGAGGGGUCUUCAAAGACCUUGCAAGAAGUACUAACUAUGGAGUAUCGGCUGAGUCAAGCUUGUAUGAGAGGUCAUGACUUUCAUGAAGGCAUCAGAGCUCUUUUAAUUGAUAAAGACCGGAGUCCAAAAUGGAAACCAGCUGAUCUAAAAGAAGUUACCGAUGAAUAUUUGAAUAAUCACUUUAAGUCUUUGGGAAGCAAUGAUUUGAAAUUUUGAGGGGACAGGCUUUUAAGGAAUAUUUUGUAGCAUGGAUUGGCAAUCUCCAGCACAUGGGCCAAAUCCAGCCUGCUGCCUGUUUUUAUAUCCCCUGCAAGCUGAGAAUGGUUUCCGCAUUUUUAAAUGGUUGGGAAAAUAAAUCAAAGACUAAUGUUUCAUGACAUGUGAAAAUUACAUGAAAUAUCACAGUUCACAAAUAAAGCUUUAUUGGAACUAGC